UUCAGCCGCUUCCACGUUGAAGACUUCCUUCCUGCCCGUUUCUUCAACUCAGCAAAGCUUAAGCCAAUCACAGAGCUUGUCGUCUGCUUCCUGCCUUCAUUCCCGAUCAUGCACUAUAAAUGGUCACACAGCACGCUUCAUGCUCCUCCAUCGCGCUUCCUUUAUCUUCGGAGAGUCACUGAUCUUUCCUAAAUCAGUCGAAUUUAGCUUCGGAGGUUGAUGAUUGAUCGCCGGCGGCAGUAAAGAUGAUAUCUUGGCAUGACCUGUAUACGGUGCUGGCGGCGGUGGUGCCACUGUACGUGGCGAUGAUACUGGCCUACGGGUCGGUGCGAUGGUGGGGCAUCUUCUCUCCGGACCAGUGCUCCGGGAUCAACCGCUUCGUCGCCAUCUUCGCCGUGCCUCUCCUCUCGUUCCACUUCAUCUCCACCAACAACCCUUAUGCGAUGAACCUCCGGUUCAUCGCCGCCGACACCCUGCAGAAGCUGCUGGUCCUGGCGGCCCUGGCCGCCUGGUCCAAUUUUCUCCGCCGCCGCCGCCCGCUCCCCGGCGGCGCCGCGCCGCUGGACUGGUCCAUCACUAUUUUCUCCCUCUCCACGCUUCCUAAUACUCUGGUGAUGGGCAUCCCCCUCCUCAUCGCUAUGUACGGGCCUUACUCUGGUUCGCUCAUGGUCCAGAUCGUCGUUCUGCAGUGCAUCAUUUGGUACACGCUAAUGCUGUUCCUCUUCGAGUUCCGCGCCGCCCGACUCCUCAUCGCGGAUCAGUUCCCCGAUACCGCCGCCUCCAUCGUCUCCUUCCGGAUCGACCCCGACGUCGUCUCGCUCGACGCCGGCGCCACCGAGGCCGUCUCGGAAGUCGGCGGCGACGGCAAGAUUCACGUCACCGUCCGCAAGUCGACCUCCUCGAGGCGAUCGGCGGCGAUGAUGACACCCCGCCCAUCCAACCUCACCGGCGCCGAGAUCUACUCCCUCAGCUCCUCCCGGAACCCUACUCCGAGAGGAUCCAGCUUCAACCACGCCGAUUUCUUCGCCAUGGUCAGCGCCGGCGCCGGCGGAGCGGCGGCCCCCUCGUUCCGUCCCUCGAGCUUCGGCGCCGCCGACUUCCACUCCCUCCAAUCAUCCCGCGGCCCCACUCCGCGCCCCUCCAACUUCGACGACCAUCAACACCACCACCUGCAGCCGGAAAUCUCCGUCGUCAGCGCGGCGAAGAAACCGCACCCGCAUCCUAACCGAGCGGGGGCGGCGGACGCCAAAGAGCUUCACAUGUUCGUGUGGAGCUCGAGCGCGUCGCCGGUGUCGGAGGUGGCCGCCCUCCCCUCCUUCGCCGGGCACGAUCCCGACCUCGACCACGGCGCGAAGGAGAUCCGGAUGCUCGUCCCAACGGAGCUCCGCACCACCGCCAAAGCGUGGGGUUUAUUAGAGGCCGAGGAAUACCGGGCGGAGGAGUUGAACUUCGGCUGCGGCGGCGGGGGAAAGGGCGCAGCGGAGGUAAGCGGCGGGGAAGGGGGCGGUGCGCGAGGGCCGGCUGAUGGGACAAGACCUAACCGUCCGAUGCCCCCCGCGAGCGUUAUGACCCGUCUGAUCCUCAUCAUGGUCUGGCGCAAGCUGAUCCGCAACCCUAACACCUACUCCAGCCUCAUCGGCCUCAUCUGGUCCCUCGUCGCCUUCCGGUGGCACGUGGCGAUGCCGAAGAUAGUGGAGAACUCCAUCUCCAUCCUCUCGGACGCCGGCCUGGGGAUGGCCAUGUUCAGCCUAGGGCUGUUCAUGGCGCUGCAGCCGAGGAUCAUAGCGUGCGGCAACACGGCGGCCUCGUUCGCGAUGGCGGUCCGGUUCCUGGCCGGACCGGCGGUGAUGGCCGCCGCCUCGAUCGCCGUCGGCCUGCGCGGGACCCUCCUCCACGUGGCGAUCGUCCAGGCGUCUCUUCCGCAGGGCAUCGUGCCCUUCGUCUUCGCCAAGGAGUACAACGUCCACCCUGCCAUCUUAAGCACAGCAGUAAUAUUUGGGAUGCUAAUUGCCCUUCCCAUCACGCUGGUCUACUACAUCCUCCUCGGCUUGUGAAGCUCGCUGACGACAGUUUCCUCUGCUCAAGAAGAAAUCACGCCGCGACUCUCGUGAGAGAGAAACUGUUGUUUUGGCAUCGGAUCUUUUUGAUUUCCAUGUUAAAUCUUGUCCUUUUUUUUGUUUUGUUUUCUUCUGAGAAAAAGAGGAGACGAUGCUUGUUCUGCCAAAGCAUCCAUCCUUUUACCUGGAAUAUAUACCCCGUUUCCGAUUUCCGGUGGGCAUCCGUGCUUAAAGUUAGCUUCUUGGUUCGGCAUGGCCUGCGGGACCGAAGCGAUAGAGCCAUUGGCUGGAUGGCGGUGUGGUCGAUCAAGUGUGUCCCAAUUAUGGGCGGCGGGCAGUCAGCACAUGGAGGGGUCACAUUGAUGGGUGGUGGUCCGCUGAAGCGGGAAUCCUGUGGCUCAUGUCUCGUGCUGGUCCGGCUCAGGCUCGCCCUCGAGCGGGGCAUGCGGAUAGUCGCGGCAGGCUAGACACAAGUCGGCAUGCAAGUGUAUUAUCUUUUUGUUCAUCGAUGUACAAGUCCAUAAUCAUCUUCAAAAUCGCAUGCUGCUUUGAAUACUUCCUGAACAAAUGAAAUAUAGUCAUGAGAGCUAGUGCCAAGGUUGGCAAUCUUACAGUUGUACUCAUCUUGGUAAAGUCCCAUUGCAAUUGCAAAUAAAAGCAGCAAACCUAUUUUCCUCGGCUUC